GGAGGCCUGAAAAUAUUUAAGUAUUUAUUUCUUUGAAACCUUGAGACCAUCAGGAGAGGAAAGGAUAUAAAUGGAGCAGGAAGAUAGAGGACUGUGGCCAAAGGAGUCCUGAGUACAGCCUGCUGAGCCCCUGCUGAUGCUAAAACCAGACCAGCCUCCCAAACGGUUUCCAGAGAUGGAUUAUCUUACUUUCUUCUUGGCUAUUCUUCACGUAUACAGAGCUCUAUGCGAAGAGAUGUUUUGGGACACAACUGUCAAACUUGCUGAGAAUAUGAGUCUAGAGUGUAUAUAUUCAUCACUGGACACCUUAACUCAGAUGGAAUGGCUCAAAAUCAAUACAACAAACAGAGAACUCAUAGCCAUUUUCAGCCCUACUUAUGGUUUGAGUGUAAGACCAUCCUAUACUGAUAGGGUUUAUUUUUUAAAUUCCACCAUGGCAUCUAAUGAUAUGACCCUGUCCUUUCAUAAUGUCUCUGAGUCCGAUGUUGGCUUCUAUUCCUGCUUUCUUCAUACUUUCCCACAUGGACGUUGGGAAAAAGUGAUCCAGGUGGUUGCAUCAGAUAGUUUUGAGAUCGCUGUGCCAUCAAAGAGCCACAUCAUCUCAGAACCUGGGAAAAAUGUCACGCUCACCUGUCAGCUACCACAGAAGUGGCCAAUACACAAGGUUUCGUGGGAAAAGAUCCAGCCCCAUCAGAUCGACCUCCUGACUAGCUGCAACUUGUCCCAAGGGAAAAGUUAUCCUUCAAAGUACCAAAGACAGAUACUCAGUGACUGUAGUCAGGGCAUGAGAAGCACCUUCAUCAUCAUGCCCCACGUCACGGCCUCUGACUCAGGACUUUACCGCUGUUGUUUCAAGGCCAGUGCAGGGGACAAUGAAACCUCCGAAACGUUCGCGAUGAGGUUGACUGUAACUGACGGUAAAACUGAUAACCACUACAUCGUCUUUGUGGCUGGAGGGGCAGUUGUGUUGUUGCUGUUUGUUAUCCUAACCACCGCCAUUGUCAUUUCUUACAACAGGAGAAGGAGACAGAAAAAGCUAUUUAAACAACCCUGGGAUGCACUGAAUAAGGAAGCCAACGACUACAGAAAUCCCGACUCUACCAAUCAAUCAUCGGAUGGUGCAAGAGAGGAUAUUUAUGUCAACUAUCCAGCCUUCUCUCACAGGCCAAAGACCAGAAUCUAAGCUUUUUCCUUGAUAUGAGCAAAUUUGUGAUGACUGUUAUGCAUGUGGAUCUUUAUAUAAUUUUUUCCCACUACUCAGUGGCUACCCUGGAUACCAGUUGGCUAAAUUUAUUUAAUUUGAUAGGAAAAAUACUUUAUAACCUGGAGAGCAUUCUUAACAGAAAAGUUUCAGGAAACCUGACUCUAAUUAGCAUAUACAUAAAGGGAAACUUACUGAGUCAUGUAAUGGAAGAAUCCAGGGGAGAGAUCGAGCUUCAGGCAAGGGUUAUUUACCAAGGUUUAAAUGUCAUGUCUAGAAUUAAGUUGGGGCAUAAACCCGUUUCUGGGCCUCCUUUUGUGGAGUUGGAUCCACUUUAUUGGUGUUAGCCUAACUCUUAUUCAUGUGUUUCCCUUGUGUUUCCAAUAACCCUUGGCAAUUCAUAAUCCUUGUUUCUGCCUGGUAAAGAAUUUAUUUCUCUGAUAAAGCAAACAAAUUUGGUUAUUUGUCCAUCAUGAAACAGGCAUUAUGGCUGGAAAGGAUGAAAUGGCUUAAGUCAAUUAAGGGUUCACCUCUAGAAUGAGGACUGAGGCCAAAGCACAUUACCAGGAAAUUCAGGGUAUCAUUAGAGGAGGGAAAUGGGGCCUGGAAGCUGCGCUGGUGGCCAACAAAUGUGGACUGCAAUGCCAUUCCCAAACAUCUCUUAUUAACCAACAAAAAAGAGAAUAUGUGGGUGGAUCUGGGUUAGCUUCCUCUCUCCCCACUUUAAAAUCUGCUCUAUCAGCAUAGUCCAGAAGAGUAGUUGGCAGCAGAAUAAAUGAAUGGUCAAGAGGAAGACAAAUGUGACAGGGAAAUCUCUUCACUCUCUAUUAUCAAAUAAAGUAAUCCCUGAUUCCACAUGGAAUUCUUGCCACUCUCCCUGGCUUAGCUUUAUGAGAUGGUCCAAUAAUAACUUAAUGUUUUUGAUAUUGAAUUUUUCUACUUUUGAGAAUUACUUUAAAUAUGUAAAUCCUUUCAAAAGAGUCAGGCACCUAGGCAUUAUUAAUGGUUUUUAAAAAAAUAAUUAUGGGAAAUCUGAAUAUAAGAAAAAGAAUGGUAGUUAGAAGUGUGGUUUGGGUUGUGGUAGAAACAUGAGGGGGAGGAACAUUGAGGGGGGUGUAGGGAAGAAGGAACAGGGAACAAAGAAUGGGAAGAUACAGAGAUAACCUUGUCUUGCUUCACAGUUUGGCCAAAGACAACCCUAGCAAUAUCAAUACAGAGCCAUUAGUGGCCAUCCUGUCAUUGUUCAAAUUCUAGAUGGGGUCAGACGAAGAAAAGUCGUCCUGAAGAUAAAUAACGGUCAUGAUCACCUUGAAACCAUAAUGGUCAUUACCAAAGAUAGAGAUCAUUCAUGUCUCAAAUAUUUAUUACUCAUCUUUAAAACAUUCACCACAAAAAUUGCAUGUAAGUAUCAAAGUUGUAGAUUUUUAUGAUAAUUUUAAGUGAACCAAACCAAAUUCUCAUGUUAUCUAGGAAGACUUGAAGCUGUAAUUUACAGUUUUAAGUGAGUCAGUGGAUAUUUUAUGAUAGCUUUAACUACUAUGCAUGCCCAAUAGUGUAGUGAUUCUGUGAAUCACAGAAAUUAUGAAUGCCCCUGCCUGCUUCAGAAGGGAAAAAGUAAAAAUGUCCACUUCUCAUGAGGUAUUUCCAAAUUCUCAAUGACUAAUAUGGGUGAGAAGGAAAGCAUUUCUACCAAUGCAAUAUGGGGAAAUGGAAAUCCGACUUGAACAGAGGAGAUGACGUGUUUGGGGGCAGGGUGCACAGUACAACCAGAUGCCAUUGUCCUGGAGGUUUAACUCGUGGAAGAAUUCUGCAGCAGAGCCUACAGACCAUUUUAAACCAGUCUCUUUCUCCGUGAAUGUUUUGCUUUUUCUUUAAUCUGUCACUCAGAAUAUUUAUGAGAACUAUAUCCUCUGUCCCUCUUCUUCGGGUAUUCUUCCUCUGCAGAGCUCAGGAUUUUUCAGGCAUUUGGAACCCUUCUAAGUCCUGCUGGAAUUUCUCUGUCCCCCCCGCCAUCCCACCCACUGCCGCUGGUCCUGUUACACUCUCAGCUGAUCAUGCUGAUGAAAUUCUACUCACUAGUUUCCUUUCCCUGGACAUCUUUACUUAUUAACAAAACACUUUCAUUAUUGUCUGUUUAAUAUCAUUCCUAAUUUGCUAGAAUUUCGUAACUCUACUAUAUAUAUAUAAUAUGUAUAUGUAUAAAACUAUACCUACUAUAUAGAUACUACAUGGUAUAUAUAGUAUAUUGCGUGUAUAUGCAUCACACACACACACAUAUAUAAAUAUAUGAACAUAUAUAUAUUUCCCCCUAAUCUGUUUUACCUACUAGUCUGUUGUUAUUAAGGAAACCGAUCAAAACAGUUCCACAGAAUAAAAUGUCAGAAUUGAAUUAAAUUAUGUUUUAAAUCUUUUUUGAAAGGUGCUACUUAGGGAGCAAGAUGCUUCCUAGGAUUCUUUUUUACAUAUAUAAUUUAUGAUGAUAUAUAAUAUAUUACAUAAAAAUCUAUGUUUCCUUUGAAUGCCAUAAAUGUAAAUUUGAAUAUUUCCAUUAAAGUAACCAAUUAAAGGGAAUUGCUGUGUGAUGACAAGUUAGGUAAGUUUGUUAAAUGUCAUUAUAGAGUAUACAGUUUUUUGGGGGAAAGGAUACAUGCCAUUAACCUAUGAUGACUAGGUAUUGAUUAUAUUAUCAUCAGAGAGACCUUGAGACAUUAUUUAAAGGCCUUUAUGCAUACUGAGAAAAUAGAAUUGAAAUUUCAUUAGCUUGUAAUUACGCUUAUGGAUGCAAGGCAGUAGAUGAGGCUAUAUUCUUUACUUGGUCAAUAUUAAAUUUUUAGGAUUUUUAAGUGAAUCAAUUUAUUACUAAAAUAUUAUACAUAUAAAUUUAAAAUACAUUGGUUAUCAAUUUACAAGACAAAGGAAGAUAAAAAUAACUAGUAGGUUUACUUUCAUUGUAAAUAUUCAAGUUAUGUUGGUUUAUAUAGAACUAUCUUAAAUCACAUCUACAGCUGCAUUACCAUAAUUUACCAAAUUGGUAGAGUCCAUAUUGUAUUUAGAAAUUGCUGUAAUCAAAGUGCUUCUCCUUGAUUUAUAAUAAUGUGCUAUAUUCUGUACUGCUUGUAUGAGAUUUCAGCAAGAUUGCAGGUAUUGUAGAACUCAAUGUUUAUAAAGUUCAGGUGGAGGUGCUAAAUUGUGAGUAAAGUGUUUAGUUUCUUUCCACAAUAGUGGAAAAAUAUCUUUGAAAAAUAUAAAGUGGUGCAAACCUAUAACACAAUUAAGUAUCAUUAUUUGGCCACUACUAGAACAUAGAACCUAGAAAGUGUUGACCUUCACAUUCAGGCUUUUGCAUAAAUUAAUACACUUUUAUACUGGUCUUUUCACUGGAAUUAUUCUAAGUCAAGUCUCUAGGCUCUUAUACAUUUAUCUGAAACAUAAAAACAAGUAUUUUUUAAAAAAAAUUUUCUAUUGCUAGUGACCCAUGUGUAGAACUGUGGCUUCUAGAAUUCACUGCAAUGCUUUCUAAGGGAAUUUUACAAAAUCUUCAAGGUUGGUUUACAUAGUAUUUCAGAUUCAAAGCACUAACUGUGUUGCAAGGUAUCAUAAUAAAAGAUCGAAUCUGGGGAUAUGUAUGAUAAAUGUCUGCAAUAAUUCCCAUUUAUUGCCUAUUGUCCCUGUUUGAAUGAUGGGUUAUAUAGUCACCCUGUUUAAAACAUUUUUUCCAGUUUUAUGUGUAAUUUCAGAUUGUCUGGUUUUGUAGGGCAUGCAAUGUACCUGACAUACUGAAUUCUGUUGUUUGAAUGAAUAAAGUGCAGUGUUUCACCAUCA